CAGCAGUUAGUUGGUCUUGUGCGUAGUUGACAUCGUCUGCGAAUAAGCCUCUAUUAUCACACGCACACGCACACGACAAUGGCUGAGGUCGAGGAUAUUCUCCGAAAAUACACCGAUCCUUCGACGGGGUGCGUGCACGGGGCCACCUUCGUUGCUGUCGACAGAGAAGGAAAUGACCUUUGCCGUACUUCGGUCGGGGGUCGGACUGUCGACAGAUCGGAUCCAUUGACACCAGACACCCUGACAUGGAUCGCCAGCCAGAGCAAGCUGGUGACUUCGGUCGCGGUGAUGCAAAUAGUUGAGAAGGGCCUGAUUGGUCUGGACGACGAUGUGCGCGAAGUGCUACCGGUCUUGAAGGACCUGAAAGUUCUCCUUGGGUUCGAGGGAGAUGAUCAAGCAGACGAGCCGGACCUCCAGGCCAUUUCCAGAGGUGGUGCGGGAGCCGAUCCGGACAAGAUGAAGCCGACCGGGAAGCCCAUCUACGAAGACGUAAAGGGGAAGAUCACUCUACGGCAGCUCAUGUCCCAUACGUCUGGGUUCUGCUAUGACCUGAGCAGUCCGCUGCUCAUGAGAUGGUCGGCUGCGACGGGGCGAACAGAUAACAUGUUCAGUGGAAAGAUUGAAGGCUCACUGCAUCCCCUGCUCUAUCAGCCAGGUGAAUCGUGGAUGUAUAGCGAUGGUCUUGACUGGGCCGGACAAGUGGUCGAGGCUCUGACGAAACAAAACCUCGACGCCUACAUGCAAGAAAACAUCUGGGGCCCUCUCGCGGCCAAGUCGACGACCUUCUACCCGACCAAGCACUUCCACCCAAACCCCAUGCCGGCGCUGCACGAGACCGCCCAGCGCACCAACCCGGCCGAGUCGCCCAAGGCGCUCGACUCGAAGCCCGCCACGUCCCUCUGGCCCACCACGGCGCGCGACGCGAUCGGCGGCGCGGGCCUCUACAGCACGGCCAACGACUACAUCCGCCUGCUGGCCUGCCUGCUGCAGGACGGCGGGCCGCUGCUGAAGAAGGAGAGCGUCGACGAGAUGUUCCGCCCGCAGAUCGGCGCGGGGAGCACCGAGGCCUUCCACGGCGCCGUCCGGAGCAGCGGCCGCGACCGCCUGUGGAAGUCGCCCGCCAGCGCCGCCGCCACGGCCGCCACGGCCGCUGCCACCGCCGGCACCGCCCAGGAGCAGGGCGCCAUCCCCGCCGGCCACUCCCUCGCCGGGGCGGUCAACCUCGAGGAUGUCCCCGGCCGGCGACACCGCGGCACCGUCAAUUGGGGGGGCCUGCCGAACUUGUUCUGGUGGGUUGACAGGAAGGGCGGCGUGGCGGGCACGCUGUUCAACCAGAUCGUCCCGGCCGGGGAUCCCUUGUGCAUGGAGUUGCUCGUCGAGUUGGAGGAGGCGGCGUAUAAACUGAAAGAGAAGAAGGACUAGAUGUCCAUGGACGUAGAACGAGGUCGCCUAGAGUCAAAGAGACAAUGUGCCGUUUGCUCUAAACAUUCUACUCAGGAUUGCUCCUGUUCUGU